CUGAAAAUUGGCAAGCUUAUCCUUGCUUAUAUAUCAAAUUUUGUUUUCUUGUUUCAAAAUAAAAAAAUUCUCGGAAUUUGGUUUUAUCCUUUUAGUUCUUGUUUUUAGAAGCUUGGGAAAUUUUAGUGUGUGUUCUUUUUCAUGUUAAGACUUCAAAAUGAUGGGAUCAUUUCUGACCAGAGGGCUCAUUAUGGCUUUUGGAUAUGCAUAUCCAGCUUAUGAGUGCUAUAAAGUCGUAGAAAAGAACAAACCAGAGAUUGAGCAACUUCGAUUUUGGUGCCAAUACUGGAUCUUAGUCGCAAUGCUUACUAUUUUUGAAAGGCUAGCAGACAUUUUCGUUUCAUGGGUGCCAAUGUACUGUGAAGCCAAGUUUGCCUUGUUCAUAUAUUUGUGGUAUCCUAAAACGAAGGGGGCAACGUAUGUUUAUGAUUCUUUUUUUCGCCCAUAUAUUGCACAGCAUGAGAAGGAAAUUGAUCGCAACCUACUGGAGCUAAAGACUAGUGCCGGAGACUUGGCAAUUGUUUAUGGCCAAAAGGCUGUGGCCUAUGGCCAGACAAGAUUUUUUGAGAUUAUGCAUUAUAUUGCUUCACAGACAACCUCUAGACCUCGUCUAUCGCAGCAGCAACAGGCUAUAGAUGUUCAUGAACCUCCUCCGUAUGUAAGACCUCGGGCACCAGCUACCCCCGCUGCACAACAGCCGUCACGUACUUCCAGUACUGGUGCGGCUGAACAUCAACAGGAGCCAGCUCAAGAGACCGAUCCAAAAUCUCCGACACCCUCGGUACCUGCAGCCUUCCAUCCACUUGAUGCACUAUUCUCCCGUGAUACUAAUGACAUGGAAGCAGAAACAAGUAAGAACCAACCAGUUCCAUCUGCGGCAACUUAUGAAAAUUCAAACGAAACUCAGCAAGACAUAUUCAUGGAUGAGGCCAUUCAAGAGACACGUGCCAGGUUGAGGAAUACCGGAAUCCGACAAUAAAAACUUCUUCUUGCCUACACCAGUAUUGUUAUUUUAUGUCUGAUUGUUAGCUGUCGAACAAUUAGAUACGAGAACCCGGAGAAAAAUGGAAAAGAAUCAUAAGAUGCAUAUAUAACAAGUUGAUGUUGGUGUAAAUGUAAUACUUGUUCAAAAUAAAUAAAAUGAAAUGCAACAGACUGCUUAAAAGCAUUUUAUCUUUUCAAAGUGCAGUUGAUUAAUCACCUAAUAUCU